GGGAACGGUUGCUAGGGGUGGGUAAUGGGUGAAAAAAGGGGGGCGCCAGGGAGCGGAUAAGGAGGGUUAAAGGAGUGGGCGAGGGUGGGGAGCAAUGCAAAAGGUAAGGCCAGGUUACCGCGACUCGGCCCCGAGUGGGCUGCGGCCGGGGGAGGGGCGAGAGAUACAUAUGUAUUUCUGUCUCCCUAGCACACCCCCUUCCCUCUAAGCGAUGGCUGAGAGGCGGUGCAUGCAGAUGGGGAGUAAGUUUCCUGAAGGGGAGGGUGGAUGCACGCGCGCGGCCCCGCGCUGCAAAUUUCCACCGGGAGGGAGAGUGGCUGGAUGCGGAGAGUUUGGAGUUGCUUGCGGCGGAGGGCAGGAAGGGGAGCAGGGCCGGGAAACGGGGCUGGCGGGCGCUAUAUCUGGGAGUAAGUUUCCAGGAUCAGGAGAGCCUGCACGCUUGCUCGCUAGUCUGCUCGUCCCCCAUCUCAUCCCCCAAGCGGAGACCGGUCUUCUUGUCGGAUUGCCCAUGCACUUGUUGCAGAAACAGCCAAGGCCCUGGGCUCUGGAGGAUGCUAAAGGAGGAAGACACGGAAGCAGAACGACCCUGAGAGAUUAAGCCUCUUAAUCUCGAAACAGAACCAGGCCUCCUCUUCCCACCUGCUCAGCAGCAUGAGAGCAGCAUGACUGGCCGGCCGCAGGAGAAGCCCCCAGAGCCAGGCCCCCAACGCACCCAUCUGCUGCAGAGGUCAAGGUGUGAGCGGCACCUCUUCACCACGGUGGCGUUCGGUCCCUACCUCAGCCCGGGUGAGGAUGUAAACCCCCCCGCUCUGCACAUGUGUGGUACAGGCCAACAGGAACACCUGGCUCCAGCCACGGGCACGGACAUGUCAGCCGUGGAGUAGUGUGGACGCUCUCUCUCUGCUUCUCAGGGUUUCAGUCCUUUCGGGUUUGUGUCAUUGACCUGUUUUUUAUGGUUUUGUGGCUGGACGUUCACGACCAAGGCAGGCACCAUGGGGGAUCAGCAACUGUACAAGACCAACCACGUGGCCCACGGUGGUGAGAACCUUUUCUACCAACAGCCACCUCUUGGCGUCCACGGCGGGCUGAACCACAGCUAUGGGAAUACGGUCCCUGGCGCUGCCAUGGAUGCUCCUCAGGCAUCACCCAUCUCCCCCCACUUCCCUCAAGAUCCUCGGGACGGUCUAGGCUUGCCUGUUGGCUCCAAAAACCUUGGCCAAGUGGAUACCUCAAGGCAGGGAGGGUGGGGAGGGCCCGCAGGGCCUGGAAACCACGUCCAGCUACGCAGCAACCUGACCAACUCAAACAUGAUGUGGGGGGCACCGGCCCAGGCGGAGCCCGCCGAUGGCUUCCAGUACACCUACUCCCAGGCCAGCGAGAUCCGGACCCAGAAGCUCACCAGUGGUGUCCUGCACAAGCUAGACUCUUUCACCCAGGUGUUUGCCAACCAAAACCUGCGGAUUCAGGUCAACAAUAUGGCCCAGGUGCUGCACACCCAGUCGUCAGUGAUGGACGGAGCCCCGGACAGUGCCCUCCGCCAGUUGCUGUCCCAGAAGCCCAUGGAACCCCCAGCACCGGCCGUCCCCUCCCGCUACCAGCAGGUGCCCCAGCAGCCUCACCCUGGUUUCACGGGUGGGCUGUCCAAACCAGCUCUUCAGGUUGGGCAACACCCAAGCCAAGGGCACCUGUAUUAUGACUACCAGCAGCCCCUGGCACAGAUGCCAGUGCAAGGAGGACAGUCCCUGCAGGCCCCCCAGAUGCUGUCCCCGCACAUGCAGCAGAUACAGCAGCACCAGUAUUACCCGCAGCAGCAGCCCCAGCCGCAGCAGCAGCAAACUGGGCAGCAGCGUAUGUCGAUGCAAGAAAUGCAGCCACCCCUGCAGCCGCUUCGCCCGUCACAGCCCCAGCAGCAACAGCAGCAGCAACAGCAGCAGCUGCAGCAGCGGCAGGCUUCGAUGCAGAUACCUCAGUAUUUUCAGUCCCAACCUGUGAUGCAGCAUUUGCAAGAGCCGCAGCAGCCACAGAUGCACUUGCAGCCCCCUUCUUACCACAGGGACCCCCACCAGUACACCCCGGAGCAGGCGCACGCUGUCCAGCUGAUUCAGCUGGGCUCCAUGCCCCAGUACUACUACCAGGAGCCUCAGCAGCCCUACGGCCACCCUCUGUACCAGCAGAGCCACCUGCCCCAGCACCAGCAGCACGAGGACAGUCAGCCCAAGACUUAUCCAAGUGACCGGCAGGCCCAGGCCAUGCUGAGCUCCCACGGGGACCUGGGGCCUCCAGAUACAGGAAUGGGAGACCCGGCAAGCUCGGACCUGAACCGGGUCAGCAGUGCCCUCCCGCACCGGCCGCUCCUGUCCCCCAGUGGCAUCCACCUCAACAACAUGGGGCCUCAGCACCAGCAGUUGUCUCCCAGUGCCAUGUGGCCCCAGAUGCACGUACCUGAUGGCAGAGCCCAGCCAGGGUCCCCUGAGUCAAGUGGCCAGCCAAAAGGAGUGUUUGGGGAGCAGUUUGAUGCCAAGAACAAGCUGACGUGCUCCAUCUGCCUGAAGGAGUUCAAGAGCCUGCCUGCCCUGAAUGGGCACAUGCGGUCCCACGGGGGGAUGAGGGCCUCACCCAGCCUCAAACAGGAGGAAGGAGAGAAGGCCCCGCCGCCUCCGCCUCAGCCGCAGCCGCCACUGCCGCCUCCGCCUCCGCCGCAGCUCCCUGCCGAGGCGGAAGGCCUCACGCCUAUGGUCAUGCCCGUGUCUGUCCCUGUCAAGCUUCUGCCGCCCAAGCCCAGCUCUCAGGGCUUCGCCAACAGCGUCGCUGCCGCCCCCUCGGCCAGAGACAAGCCAGCCAGCUCGGUGUCGGACGACGAGAUGCCCGUGCUCGUGAGGAUGACCCUCUCCCCCCCGCACUCCCCCCAAGGGGCUGCCCCCCGCCCGCCUGCUGAAAUUCCCAAGAAGCCUCAGGCCGGUGCGGCCAAAGCCGAGGACCCGGUCAAGGCCGUGCCCGAGAAGAAGAAGUUCCGGCACCGGCCCGAGCCGCUCUUCAUCCCGCCGCCGCCCUCCUACCACCCCAACCCCGGUGCCUCGCACUCGGGCGCCACCCUGUACCAGAGCCAGCUGCGCUCCCCGCGCAUCCUGGGCGACCACCUGCUCCUGGACCCCGCCCUCGAGCUGCCCCCCUACACGCCCCCGCCCAUGCUGAGCCCGGUGCGCCAGGGCUCGGGGCUCUUCAGCAACGUGCUCAUCUCCGGCCACGGCCACGGCCCCGGCGCCCACCCGCAGCUGCCCCUCACGCCCCUGACGCCCACGCCGCGCGUGCUGCUCUGCCGCUCCAACAGCAUCGAUGGCAGCAACGUGACAGUCACCCCGGGGCCUGGAGAGCAGACUGUUGAUGUCGAACCGCGCAUCAACAUUGGCUUGAGAUUCCAAGCGGAAAUCCCAGAACUCCAGGAUGUCUCUGCCCUGGCCCAGGACACACACAAGGCCACCCUGGUAUGGAAGCCCUGGCCGGAGCUGGAAAACCAUGACCUCCAGCAAAGAGUGGAGACUCUCCUGAAUUUGUGCUGUUCAAGUGCAUUGCCAGGUGGCGGGACCAAUUCUGAAUUUGCUUUGCACUCUCUCUUCGAGGCCAAAGGUGAUGUCAUGGCUGCUCUGGAAAUGCUGCUGCUGCGGAAGCCGCUCAGGUUAAAAUGUCAUCCUUUAGCAAAUUACCACUAUGCCGGUUCGGACAAGUGGACCUCCCUAGAAAGAAAACUGUUUAACAAAGCACUAGCCACUUACAGCAAAGACUUUAUUUUUGUACAGAAGAUGGUGAAGUCCAAGACGGUGGCUCAGUGUGUGGAAUACUACUACACAUGGAAAAAAAUCAUGCGGCUGGGCAGGAAACACCGGACACGCCUCUCUGAAAUCAUUGAGGACUGUGUGACAAGUGAAGAAGAAGAAGAGGUGGAGGAGGAGGAGGAGGACCCAGAAGAGGACAGGAAAUCCACAAGAGAAGAGGAGAGCGAAUUGCCCAAGUCCCCAGAGCCGCCGCCGGGCCCGGUGCUGGCUCACGCUGAGGGGCCGCCGCUGCCGGCCGUGGGCCAGCCCUCUGGCUCCUUCAUCUGUGAAAUGCCCAACUGCGGGGCUGACUGUAGAUGUCAUGUCACUCCCUUUCUUCCCCAGGUGUUCAGCUCCCGACAGGCACUGAAUGGCCACGCUCGCAUCCACGGUGGCACCAACCAGGUGACCAAAGCUCGGGGUGCUGUUCCCUCUGGGAAGCAGAAGCCUGGCAGUGCCCAGAGCGGGUACUGCUCAGUGAAGAGCUCGCCCUCCCACAGCACCACCAGCGGCGAGACAGACCCCACCACCAUCUUCCCCUGCAAGGAGUGUGGCAAAGUCUUCUUCAAGAUCAAAAGCCGAAAUGCGCACAUGAAAACGCACAGGCAGCAGGAGGAACAGCAGAGGCAGAAGGCCCAGAAGGCGGCCUUUGCAGCCGAGAUGGCAGCCACAAUAGAGAGAACUACGGGGCCGGUGGGGCCGCCGGGGCUGCUGCCCCUGGACCAGCUGAGUCUGAUCAAACCCAUCAAGGACGUGGACAUCCUCGAUGACGACGUCGUCCAGCAGUUAGGGGGAGUCAUGGAAGAGGCCGAGGUUGUGGACACCGGCCUCCUCUUGGACGAUCAAGAUUCAGUGUUGCUUCAGGGCGACACGGAACUCUAAAGCCCCGUGUGUCGCCUAGAGACCAAGAAAAGCCCCGGCCUCCAUCUUCAUUCGUCAGGAAACCGGACUGCCUGCUCGUUUUGUACCCAUCUUAAACUACCUGUUUAAAAAGUGGUCGUACUUUUCAGGUUUAGGGGGGAAAAAUCAUUUAUUUAAAAAAAAUUGUUUCGGGGGGUUGGGGGGAAUAAAUAAUUGGCACAAUUCUACUUUAAGAGGUGUUUCAUCUGGGCUGCAUUCCCAUGAGCUCAUUCUUGGCUGGGAAUGAACCUGACACUCAAGUUCUUUUGCUUUCAGUGAUCAACCGUCCUGGUUGUCUUUUAUCCCAAAGCUUGCGGUGAGUGAGUGAGUGAGUGAAUAUGUGUGUGUGUGUGUGUGCGCGCGCCCUCCCACCCGUGUGUAUAAAGCAGGCUACCCUCUUCGUGCUGGGGUCUUGGGCCAUCCUUUCCCACCGAGAGUCAUUUUUUGUUCUAACUUCAUUUCCACAGUUUGCAAUGAACUUGGCGUCUUUGCCAGGAGACCGCGCUAGCACGUAGCUAUCCAGUGAGCAAAGCCAGCCCUCGUGUCCCACGGCUUUUCUGCUAGCACACACGUCAUUGGAAGAGUUGACCAAAUGUGAAAAUAAUUUUGCUCCCUGCCUUGCCUGUCACUCAGCCUGUUUCUAAAAACUGAGUCCUGUAUCUUUUCAGGCUUUCACUCCCUGGCAGUGAUUUAUUAAGAAGGAGGUUCGUGGAGCAAGUGUGCCCUCUGCCCUGGUCCCUGAGGACUGGUUGACUGCUUCGUGGGUUGUUUUGGCCUGAGCCGACUGGAAAUCCAUCUGGAGGAAAAUAACCCCAACUAUCAAGUUGCCAGGGCUGUUUUUAGGGAGGAUGGUCGAGGGGCACAGAUUGAAGUACUUAGAGUGCCAAGAAGUCUUCUUUUGCCCCAAAACUAGAUCAGAGGAACUGAUUCUUUUUUUGCCACGCUGUUGUGGUCAGUGGAAUUCUGAAAUUACUCUGUGCCACUUUCAAGUACUGUGAAACGUCACUCACUGGGAUUUUGCUAUCAUUCACCUGUGCGAAGUUUACCUUGAUGCUGACUCUGAGAAGGGUUUUCUAACAAAUCCGAUGACAGAUACAAGGGAAAUAGCAUUAAAGGCCAGCAAAAAACGGUUUCAGAUACCACCAUAGCUCCAAUGUCUGAUUCAAACAAUGAAUGUAUUCAUUAACGUCAUGUACCAAAGCACUUCUAGAAUCUUCCAAGCUACGUAAGUCUGCUCUGCCGCCUCCUGUCUCUGCAGGCAGGGUUGCUGUUUGUACUUGAAGGUGAUAAACUUGUAAUCCUUCCAGAAGGGCUUUCAGCUCCGGCUUUGGGGCAGUUAGACAGCUCCACAGCCACGCUUAGGGCAAACCAGCGUGCUCCUUCAGGCCAGGGUGCAGCCCCAGCUCAGAGCCCAUGCUGCUGGCUGGUGGCUUCCGGAACUGGGGGCUUUCAGGCCUGCCCCUGCCCUGGGGAGGCUGAUGCUGAUGUAGUGUGGCCAUCCUGCCAGGGCACUUUGCUGGCACGUGAAUAGCUUGACGUUAGGAUGUCAGCAGAAGCAUGAGCAUAGGACCCAAGUAUCCUUUAAGUUAUCCCUGCAAAUGCGUUUAGUGCACAUGCUCCAGCCACAGUGGCCCCAGGCAGGCAGUUUCCUCCGAAUCUCAGGAAAGCCAUGGACAGAAGAUAAAUAUCAAGGUUCUUUCCCAUUCCAUCAUUCUGUCUUUCAGAAACGAGGUCGUGAAGGUAUCCUUUGUCUUUUUUUUUUUUUUUUAAGGGGAAAAACAUACUGUUCCACUUGCUGCCGUUUCUGAUGCGUUAUCCCAGCCUAUGUUUUGAGCUCAGAACUGUCUGAGCAGGGCAUCAGCUUUGCCGCAGAGCCGUUCCAGAACCAUUCCAAGUAAUACCGGCUGAUCCUCUGUCCCAGUGGACCUCCUCCCCCGCUUGUGGGUGCCUGAGAAUGAUUCUGGAAUGGUUCUGUUCUUGGGUCUGUGAAAGCUUAUCUAGCAGAGGAGCGAACACCCAGAAAAAUGUUUAUAAAGCACAUGUACUCGUUCUGUUUGGAGACUUGCCCGGCUGUUCCAGUUGAAAACAUGAAAAAUAAACUGAGUUGCCAAGCAAAAAUAUAAUGCACAAUGUAAUUCUGAUUUUCCGUGCAGUAUAGCGUUAAGCUUUUUUUUACUUGAAAUAACCAAAGAACUCCUCCUUGAUGAGACAGUUCACUUUCCUGAAUUAGUAUUUCUUCACAAUAUCAACUGAAAGAAUUGACUUCAUAGUAAAAUAUUGCACUUAUUUUUUUCCUGAAAUAAUUCUGCCUGCAUGUAUGUGUUGUGUUUUAGUGUUCCUUCAUUUCUCCCCACCCCAAAGAACUUUUCUUCCCAAUGGUUUAUGUCUUCAACAUGGUAACUGUUUAUCAGAUGGUUUUUCAUUAGUGAAUUUAGACCUCUUUGAGAAAGCUUGUAUAUAAAAAGUUAACAGAUAUAUUUUAUGGAAAAACCCAUCUUAUUUUCAAAUAUAUUUAACUGCUGUUCUAUUUUAUUAGAGGAAGGUUGUAAAUAUUUUC